CGAACGCAGCUGCCGUUCUGAGGCUUCCGAGACUGAGUGCCGGGAAUGAACCUCGUCCGGAAAAAGGGUUUCUACAAGCAGGACAUCAACAAGACUGUCUGGGAGCUGCCCAAGACCUACGUGUCACCGACUCAUGUAGGCAGCGGUGCCUAUGGAGCCGUGUGCUCUGCCAUCGACAAGCGGUCAGGGGAGAAGGUAGCCAUCAAGAAGCUGUGCCGACCCUUCCAGUCCGAGGUCUUUGCCAAGCGGGCAUAUCGUGAGCUGCUGCUGCUGAAACACAUGCAGCAUGACAAUGUCAUUGGGCUCCUGGAUGUCUUCACCUCAGCCUCCUCCCUGUGCAACUUCCAUGACUUCUACCUGGUGAUGCCCUUCAUGCAGACAGAUUUGCAGAAGAUCAUGGGGAUGGAGUUCAGUGAGGAGAAGGUUCAGUACCUGGUGUAUCAGAUGCUCAAAGGUCUUAAGUACAUCCACUCAGCUGGGGUCAUCCACAGGGACCUGAAACCAGGCAACCUAGCUGUGAAUGAGGACUGUGAAUUGAAGAUCCUGGAUUUUGGCCUGGCACGGCAAGCGGAUGCUGAGAUGACUGGCUACGUGGUGACCCGCUGGUACCGGGCCCCCGAGGUGAUCCUCAGCUGGAUGCACUAUAACCAGACUGUGGACAUCUGGUCUGUUGGCUGUAUCAUGGCAGAGAUGCUGACAGGGAAAACACUGUUCAAGGGGAAGGAUUACCUGGACCAGCUGACCCAGAUCCUGAAAGUGACCGGGGUGCCAGAUGCAGAGUUUGUGCAGAAGCUGAAUGACAAGGCGGCCAAAUCCUACAUCCAGUCCCUGCCACAGAGUCCCAAGAAGGAUUUCUCUCAGCUCUUCCCUCGUGCCAGCCCACAGGCUGCAGACCUGCUGGAGAAGAUGCUGGAGCUGGAUGUGGACAAGCGCCUGACGGUCUCCCAGGCCCUCGCCCACCCCUUCUUUGAACCCUUCCGGGACCCUGAGGAGGAGACGGAGGCCCAGCAGCCGAUUGAUGACUCCUUAGAGCGUGAGAAACUCACGGUGGAAGAAUGGAAGCAGCACAUCUACAAGGAGAUCGUCAACUUCAGGCCCAUUGCUCGCAAGGACUCACGGCGUCGGAGUGGCAUGAAGCUGCAGUGACUCAGCAAGUCUGGGGACCACCACCUGCCAGACACUGCCUCUAGGACCAAUAUUUAUUUGCCACUCCUCAAGCUUAUCUUUCCUGGAAUA